AUGCCUACUAUUAAUCAAUUGGUUAAUAAACCCCGCACUUCCAAAGCCAAAAAAACCAAAGAAUUAGCCUUAAAAAUUAAUUGGAAUUCGCAGAGCAAAUCCUACUCUUUUGCGAAUAGUCCUCAAAAGUCGGGAAUAUGUAAAAAAGUGGGCGUGCUUAAUCCUAGAAAACCUAAUUCGGCUAAUCGGGCUUUUGCACGGGUGGUUCUCAAAAACAAAAAAGAAGUUGCGGUUUAUAUCCCUGGUGAAAAGCAUAAUUUACAAGAAUAUUCCUCGGUGUUAAUUAGUGGGGGUGGUGCCCAAGAUUUACCAGGAGUAAAAUAUCAUGUUAUUCGGGGUCAUGGUGAUGCCGAAGGAGUAAAAGAAAGAAAACAAGGUCGCUCUUUAUACGGAGUCAAGAAAAAAAAACUAAAAAAGGUUUACGGGGGGAAAACAGUGUUGCGAGAUAUUAGCUUUUCGGUGAAAAAAGGUAGUAUUCACGGUUUUAUUGGUCCCAACGGAGCAGGAAAAACUACUACUUUAAAUUGUCUAAUGAGUGGUGUCAAGCCCAGUGGCGGAGAGAUUUAUUUAGAAGGUCAAAAAAUCGGGCAGGACGAAUUAAUUAAUCAAAAAAUAGGUUUUAUGACCGAACAGGCCCCGUUCUCGGCUAGCCUGCGCGUGGAAGAUUUUAUUCAUUUAGCGGGACAAGUCCGCAACAUUCCUCCCCAACAGGUCGAACAACGCUUACGGAAAUCCGAUUUAAAUAAUUAUCGAACCAAAAAAUGUGGGGAACUAUCGACAGUGCUGGACGAACCAACUUCGGGAUUAGACCCUUCCUAUCGCGGUAUUUUAUUAAACCAAUUAGAGCAAGUGCGAGCCCGCGGUGGCACCGUGCUAAUUUCCAGUCAUAUCCUUUCUGAUUUACAAAAGUUAGUGGACUCGGUGACUUUAAUUGAUAGAGGUCAAAUUAUUUAUACGGGGGGAAAACCCGCCGACAUUGAAGAAAUGUAUGAUAAAUUACUCUUAAAAGAAAAAAUUGCUGAAAAAAAAGGACAAACUUUUAUUUAA